AUGGUGCCUAUAAGUUUAAUAGUGUUGGUUUUUGUUUUUUUGGCUCCACAACAAUUAACGUCAGUUCAGGCUCGAGAAUGUUCUACCGUAGAGGCUGUUUAUGAAAGGUUUUAUAUUAAUCCCAGUACUUCUUCAACUGUGCUGCCCACUAGUACUUUUGACUCUUCUAGUUCUAACAUUUAUAGCUCGGACAUACAGUCAAGUACUGGUGUCUCCUUGCCCAUUAGUAGCAGCGUUUAUAGCUCAAAAAAUAUAGUCAAAUAUAGUAAUUCUUCAUACGCAGUUCAAAGUUCAAGUUAUAUACCAGCCACCUCAUUUAAUUUACCUAAGAGUAGCAGUCAGCCAUCUAAUGAUAUUAUUUCAAGUAUCCUUUCUUCUUCUUUGAUUAAUACGAAUCCAACGAGAUUAACCAGCACAAUUAAUAGCGUAAUAUCUACGAAAAGAUUUAUAACAGAUAGUACACCAUCCACGACAUCGUCUGCUACUUUUACCACUAGUACGUUUAGUGAUGCUCCAAUAUUAAGCUCUUCUGCUACGAGCUUAUCCGUUUUUAGUAGUUUCAGUCCCAGCUCCUCCAUCUUAAACUCACAGAUUGCUAGUUCUUCAAGUUCUUCUGGUCAUUUAAACUCUUUUAGUUCUAGUUCAACCCCAUCUAGUUCCUCUAGUUCAAUUCCAUCUAGUUCUUCUAGUUCAACCCCAUCUAGUUCCUCUAGUACAAUUCUAUCUAGUUCCUCUAGUUCUUCUAGUUCAAUUCCAUCUAGUUCCUCUAGUACAAUUCUAUCUAGUUCCUCUAGUUCUUCUAGUUCAAUUCCAUCUAGUUCCUCUAGUACAAUUCUAUCUAGUUCCUCUAGUUCCUCUAGUUCAACCCCAUCUAGUUCCUCUAGUACAAUUCUAUCUAGUUCCUCUAGUUCUUCUAGUUCAACCCCAUCUAGUUCCUCUAGUUCAAUUCAAUCUAGUUCCUCUAGUUCAAUUCUAUCUAGUUCCUCUAGUUUUUCUAGUUCAACCCCAUCUAGUUCCUCUAGUUCAAGCUCAAGUAGUUCUUCUAGUUCAAUUCCAUCUAGUUCUUCUAGUUCAAUUCCAUCUAGUUCUUCUAGUUCAAUUCCAUCUAGUUCUUCUAGUUCAAUUCCAUCUAGUUCUUCUAGUUCUUCUAGUUCAAGCUCAUCUAGUUCCUCUAGUACUAUCACUAGCUCCUCUGGUACUAUCACUAGCUCCUCUGGUACUAUCACUAGCCCCUCUAGUACUAUCACUAGUUCAUCUAGUACUAUCACUAGCUCAAGUUUAUCUACUAUUAGUUCCACUUCAAUCCCAUCUAGCUCCUCAAUAUCUAGUUUAUCUUCUACCACUAGUUCGUCUACUAAGGGAGCAAGCACCACCUCCGCAACUUCUUCGUCGUUGUUUUCCUCAUCUAGUUCGUCUUCGACCGCUAGUUCGUCACAAACUCUAGAUGCUACUACAGCUCAGGCAAUUCUAGAUUUAACUAAUUAUUAUCGUUCCUUACAUGAAGAUACCCCAGAAAUGGAAUGGGAUGAUGAUUUGAGUGCUUUGGCUUAUUCUUGGAUUGAAUAUUUGAAUACCAAUGAUGCUGCCAACGAUCCUUGUAGUCAUAAUUUGGAACAUUCUCCAAAUUCGUUUAGAAAUGGGGCCGGGGAAAAUUUAGCAGCUGGUUCUGGUGACGAUUACCUUGGCUUAGUUACAUUAUGGUAUAAUGAAGGUCAAUACUAUAAUUAUUCUAACCCAUCUCUAUACGGUGGCCCUGAUAAUGAAGAGUUGGGUCAUUUUACUCAAUUAGUUUGGGCCGGCAGUACUAAGUUAGGAUGUGCUGUUAAUGUUUGCGCAGAUGACUACUAUGGUGAAGACUGGACUUAUUUGAUUUGUGAAUAUUAUCCAGCUGGUAAUAUGUUGGUUGAUGGUAUUAAUGAUGAAUGGUAUUUGUUUAGAAAAAAUGUUCUACCGCUAAAAAGUAGUAGUGAUGAGUUGUAA